AAUCGCUUGUUUUCCACACUCAAAUGCCCAAAGAUUAGUAUAUGCCAUACCACACAAUGAAACUGUAAUAUGAACAGAAUUAACAUGCACCAUUUAAAAUUGGCCACAUCCAGAAACUAAUGCAAGCUGAUUUGUUGCUGUUUUAACACACUUUCAUGUGGUUGUUUUCUGCAUGUCCUUUUCCAUAUAACUUUCCCUUUGAGAUAUUUGAAAAUCACUCAUCGCACUAUUGGCCUUACUUGUUUAAACCUGGGCUCCUAUAGAAAAUGAGAGAAAGUAAAACCCCCAAAUGUUCUAGCAGAGAUCAAGUGUCUCUGAUGAAUGUUCAACAUAAGUAUAUUUAAAACUAUUAUUUGGCUAAAAUGACACAAUAUCUGGGACAUUUUCUUAUGUUGCAGCCUUGAGUUAAAAUUCCUUUUCCCCCUCAGCUACACUCAAUACACGUGAGAAAAAACAGUAACUGUCACAUGCUACACACAGGUACAGUGUUCCCUUUGGAACCUUAAAAACACCAGAAAUGUUUUUGUAGCCUGCCCCACAUAUUUGCCUCAACACGAUCCUGUCUCUGAGCUCUGCAGGCAGUUACUUUGCACUCGUGGCUUGGUUAUAGACAGGCGUUUACUUCCAGCAAAGGUUUAGAACUAUAUGAGAUCAAGAAAAAUGGGAGGCGUGUGAUAUUUCAGUUUUUCUUAUUAAAACCUUUUCAAACAAAAAAUCCUAACACUGUAAUUAUAAGGUAUUGAGUGUAUAUUUGGGGGGGUGGGGAGGAGAAUUUAAACUUUUUUAGAUUAAGCCUGGGACUGCAGGGACACUUCAAAUGAGUUUUGCAUACUGAUUUGUGUAUUGUCCUUCAGCCAUUUAUUGCUAGGUUUUCUGACCAGGCAUGCACUCUGAUAUUCACAUUUCACAUCAGCUUGGUAAACCGACAAUGAUGAAACAUUUUCUGCUUUCUUUGUGUGUCCUGGGAGCAUUUCUGCAUGUCUUGGCUCAAUGCACUGCCCCGGGUUCAGAAUUUCAUCUGGAAGGAGAUUAUUUGUUAGGAGGACUUUUUGAUAUCCAUCAUGAUAGCACCCCUGUUGACCACGAGAGACCAGAAGCCAUCGACUGCUCCAGUAAACCCUUCAUUCUUUCCAGUUAUCGGAGGUUUCAGGUGAUGAGAUUCUCUGUAGAGGAAAUCAAUAACUUGACCAAUCUCCUGCCAAAUGUUUCUCUCGGCUAUGAGAUAUUUGACCACUGCUCAGAUACACACAGUUUCCCAAACACCUUCAGCCUCAUCUCAGUUGAUGGCUUGAUCCAACCUUGGAGUGAACCCCAAAAGAAUCUGUCCAAAGUGAUGGCAGUGGUUGGCACUUAUACAAGCCCUAUGGCAUUAACUGUAGCCCCCCUCUUGGUUAUGAAUCUCAUUCCUAUGGUCAGUUACGGAGCUGCUAGUUCUGUCUUUUCGAGGAAACAGAACUUUCCCUCUUUCCUCAGAACAGUGCAUCCAAAUAAGGAUGUUAUAGAAGUGAUUUUUAACAUUUUGCAGCACUUCAACUGGCGCUGGGUUGCUUUCCUUAAUAUUGAUGAUGACUAUGGCAUAGAUGGCCAGGAUUUAUUCAUAAAGAGGAUAAAGGACACUGAGAUCUGCCUGGCGUACACAAAAAGCCUCAAUCAAUAUACAGAGUACUCCCAAGUAUUCAAACAGAUAGAGGCACAUAAGAUAGGUAUCAUUAUUGUUUUUGCCCCUGAAUGGACAGCUGAAGCUCUCAUUGAGUCAGCAAUACAACUAAAUGUCACCAACAAAGUGUGGAUAGCAGGGGAUGCAUGGUCCUUAAACAAAAGGCUCCCCAAGAAGAAGGGAAUAAAAAAUGUUGGAACGAUACUUGGGGUUUCUGAGCCAGCGAUGACAAUACCUAAUUUCAAUGAAUUUGUUUAUUCUUCCAAAAGCCAGACUCACUGUGAAAAUACAGGACAGCAGGAGUUAUGUAAUCAGGUUUGCAACUGCAGCGGCCUGAGUGCAGAAGAUAUAAUUGCUGCGGACCCAUCUUUUAAUUUUCCUGUUUAUUCUGCUGUGUAUGCCAUCGCUCAUGCCUUACACAAUGCCUUGCAAUGCGGAUCUGGCAGAUGUGAUGGAACUAGAACAGUGUACCCAGAGAUGGUUCUGGCAGAACUGAAGACGUCAAACUUUACACUUUUAAACCAGAGUAUUCGGUUUGAUAAGAAUGGUGACCCCAACUAUGGAUCCUAUUCUAUAGUUUUCUGGAACCACAGUGGUGAUGCGGAGGAGAUUGGCUUUUAUCAUUUUUAUCGAUCGUUACCUGUUCAUUUCUUCAUCGACAACAACAAAAUUCAGUGGCACACAAAGGGAGAAGCGCCUACUGCACUGUGUUCUGAAGAAUGUCCUGUAGGACAUGCAAAAAAGCAAGAUGGAAUCCAUAAAUGCUGCUUCAACUGUGUAAUCUGUCCUAACGGAACUUAUGUCAACAAUACAGAGUUUCAUCUGGAAGGAGAUUAUUUGUUAGGAGGACUUUUUGAUAUCCAUCAUGAAAGCACGCCCGUUUAUCGUGACAGACCAGAAGCCAUUGACUGCUCCAGUCAAACCUUCAUUCUGUCAAGUUAUCGGAGGUUUCAAAUUAUGAGAUUCUCUGUAGAGGAAAUCAAUAACUCUACCAUCCUGCUGCCAAAUGUUUCUCUUGGCUAUGAGAUAUUUGACCACUGCUCAGAAACACACAAUUUCCCAGAUGUUUUAAAACUCAUCUCAGUCAAUAAUGUGAUCCAACCUUGGGGUGAACCGAACAAGAAUCUGUCUAAAGUGUCCAAAAUCAUGGCAGUGGUCGGACCUUUUUCAAGCACUGACACCCUGACUUUAGCCCCACUGUUCAUGACGGAUCUCAUUCCUAUGGUCAGUUAUGGAGCUGCUUCCUCCGCCUUUGCAGAGAAAUCAAAAUAUUCCUCAUUCCUACGAACAGUGCAUUCCAAUAAAGACGUCAUAGAAGCGAUUGUUAAAAUCAUACUGCACUUCAAAUGGCGCUGGGUUGCUUUUCUAAACAGUGAUGAUGCUUUUGGAAAAGAUGGCCUAGAUUUGUUCAUAAAAAGAAUCAAGGAUACUGAGAUCUGCCUAGCAUACAUGAAACAUCUUGGCACUACAGAUGACUCACUAAUGUUCAAAAACAUGGAGUCACUGAAGAUACAUGUUGUUAUUGUUUUUGCUCCAAAAAUAAUGGCUGAAGCACUCAUUGAGUCAGCAGUAAGACUAAAUGUCACGAACAAGGUGUGGAUAGCAGGGGACACCUGGUCUUUAAGUAACAGGUUCAACAAAGAAGAAGUCAUUAAAAAUAUUGGAACUGUACUUGGAGUAUCUCAGCCAGUUCUGGAAAUACCUGGUUUCAGUGAUUUUAUCUAUUCUUUCAAAAGCCAGACUCACUGUGAAAACACAGGACAGCAGGAGUUUUGUAAUCAGGUUUGCAACUGCAGCAGCCUGAGUGCAGAAGAAAUCCUUGCUGUGGACUCAUCUUACUCUUUUCCUGUUUAUUCUGCUGUAUAUGCCAUCGCUCAUGCCUUACACAAUGCCUUGGAAUGUGGAGUUGAUAAAUGUAAUGGAAAUAUUACAAUGUACCCAUAUAUGGUUCUAGCAGAGCUGAAGAAGUCAAACUUUACACUUUUAAACCAGAGUAUUCAGUUCAAUGAGAAUGGUGACCUCAACUACGGAUCCUAUUCUAUAGUUUUCUGGAACCACAGUGGUGAUGCAGAGGAGAUUGGCUUUUAUAAAUUGAACCCAUCAGUCAAUUUUUACAUCAAUAACACCAAAAUUCAGUGGUACACUAAUGGAGAAGUGCCGACUUCAUUGUGUUCCAAUGAAUGUCCUGUAGGAUAUGCUAAAAAGCAAGAUGGAAUUCACAAAUGCUGCUUCAAUUGUAAUAUCUGUCCAAAUGGAACUUAUAUCAACUCCACAGAAGAUCCCUCUAUGUGCAUCGCCUGCAAACAGACAGAAUGGUCCACAGAAGGAAGUACAUCUUGCAAUCUGCGGGUGGUGGAGUACAUCCCAUUCACAGACGGUGGCGCUAUAGUCAUCAUGGUUGGAGCUUUGGUCUUGGUCUGCCUCACACUAGCCAUGUCUGCUCUCUUUGCCAUCAACUACAACACACCUGUUGUCAGAUCUGCAGGGGGACCAAUGUGCUUCUUAAUUUUAGGCUGCCUCAGUUUAUGUAGUCUCAGUGUAUUCUUUUACUUUGGGAAGCCAACAAUUUCCUUUUGUAUCUUAAGGGUCUUACCAUUUUCCCUGUUCUACACUGUUUGUCUAGCAUGUUUUGUUGUGCGCUCUUUUCAAAUUGUUCACAUAUUCAGAAUAGCUGCCAAAUUCCAUAAGCUUCACAGUUGGUGGGUGAAAUAUCAUGUACAAUGGCUGGUCAUCAUUGUGGCAUUUGUCACUCAGAUACUCUUACUUCUUAUUGGCUAUUCUUAUGCCCCUCCCAAACCUUACAAUAGCACACGUUGGUACCCAGAUAGAAUCAUACUUGAUUGUGACAUUAAUCUCACGGCAUUUUCUGGUCCUGUGGUUUUACUUUUAUCUUUGUGCUGCCUUUGCUUUAUUUCCUCCUACAUGGGAAAAGACCUCCCAAAAAAUUACAAUGAGGCCAAAGCAAUAACCUUCUGCCUGCUCCUGCUGAUCCUCACCUGGAUCGUCUUUGCCACUGUGUAUGUGCUUUACCGUGGCAGGUACAUCCAGAUACUAAACACCCUGGCUGUACUCUUAAGUCUCUAUUGCUUUCUGUUGUUUUAUUUCCUCCCAAAAUGCUACAUCAUCAUUUUUCAACCCCACAAAAACACACAGGAGUACUUCCAAGGUCUCAUUCAUAAUUAUAGCAAAGCAACCAGCCAGUAG